AUGAAAAGAAACGGCAAGGAAGAGCGAUUGGAACAUCAACAAGAAAAGAAGCAAAGUAAGGAAAAGAUCCCUCCCACGGUGACGUUGAAAUCUCCGACCACCGGAGAGGGUAACAGCAAGAUCGAAAAGAUGCGGCUAGGGCGAACGACGGGGAAGAAAGAGGCCGCUCAAAAUCUUUUCACAGAUUAUAGAUUAUGA